CGCAGCACGUAUGCACGCGCUCCGGCCCCUCCGAGUUCCGAGGACAGCAGCACACACCACGUGUCGCCACGGCCCGCAACGUGUCCUCGUACGUGUCACUUCGUUCCUCUUCUCGCUUCCAGCUGCAUGCUUAUAUGAGCAGCGCUCGGUCUCAUCCCCUUCCUCCAAUUCCAGCAAAACUCACACAGAUCGGCCCCAAGAACCCAUCACUGCAAACUGAUCCAAGCUACAGAGUUCUUCGUUUUGUUUCUCUUGUUUUGGUGAUUUUUGUUUCGUCGAUAGCGCGCGUGAGGGGAGAGUAACAUCUAUGUCCAGACUGAUGGCCGCCAUGCUGGUCGGAGGCGCGCGCGCCGCCAGCGCCGCCGCGCUCACCGGCUCCGCCGCCGCCAAGCAGGCUCUUCCAUGCAGACCCGGCUUCCUUGUUGCCCGGCCACAGGGUGCGAGCUGGAGCCCCCUCUGCUUGCAGACCGCCCCGAGAUCUUCUCAGGCGUAUAACAACGCGCCGGAGGAGCGGAGGGGGGAGAUCAAGGACAAGUACAAGAGCGCGGCGGAGCAAGCCAGGGACGCCACGGGCGACGCCAAGGAGAGCGCCAAGGGGAUGGCCAGGGACGCCAAGGACACGGCGCAGGAGAAGAGCGGCCGCGCCAUGGACGAGACCAAGGACAUGGCCGGGGACGCCGCAGAGAAGGCGUCGCGCAUGACGGAGAAGGCGAAGCGCGAGACCAAGGAGACCGCGCACGAGGCGGCCGACAAGGCCGCGGACAUGAAGGACAGGGCGAAGGAGACGGCGGGCGCGGCGGCGGAGAAGACGAGGGAGACUGCGGGCGCGGCGGCGGAGAAGACGAAGGAGACGGCGGGGUAUGCGGCGCAGAAGACCAAGGAGACGGCGGAGGGCGCCAUGGAAGGAACAAAGCACGCGCGCGAGAAGGCGGCGGAGAAGACGAAGGAGACGGCGGAGGGCGCCAUGGAAGGGACGAAGCACGCGGGGGAGAAGGCGGCGGAGAUGACGAGGGAGGGGGCCAGCAAGGUGGCGGAGACGGCGCAGGCGCUGAGCGACGCGGCGAAGCGGGCGGCGCAGGACGCGUGGGGCGCCACCAAGGAGGCGGCGCAGGGGGUCAAGGACAAGGUCGCGGACGCCACGACCACGGUGGACCGGGACCAGGAGCGCUCGACGUGGGAGGACGUCGAGGCUGCCACCAAGGAGAGGAACGACAGGAUCGCGCAGGAGGAGCGCAAGAGGCAGGCCAGGGAGAAGGGCGCCGGCUUGCCGUAGACGGAAUCUGGCUGCUCCGCUGCUGGUCGGCACGCUUGCAUAGCUGCAUUUGCUUCCGCUUUGUAAUAGCUGAACUCUCUGUUUGAGCUGAAAUUUUAGUUUCUACGUGUUGAAUAAUGCUGGGCCAAACGGAUGAUGUGUGAGACUGUAAUGUAUGAUCUCCGAAAUGCACGUACAUCUAGCGAUGGGAACGGUAAUUAUUUUCUGAAAUGUCUGGAUUUGGGUUCA